AUGGUCAAAGAAGCGAAACGGGCACUUCCGUUGCCCAAGCAGCAACUGUUGAUUCUCGCAGUAUGCCGCUUCGCAGAGCCCGUUGCAAUGACUUCGGUCUAUCCGUACAUUCCUGAGAUGAUUCAAUCCUUCGACGUCCGAGACGACAGUGUUGCCAAAUGGGCGGGCCUCAUGUCGGCCGUCUUCUCGUUUUCGCAAUGUUUGACCGGAAUCGCUUGGGGUAGGGCUUCCGAUCGCUUCGGCCGCAAACCCAUCAUCCUCCUCGCUUUGAUCUGUACCAUGAUCUCCAGUAUCCUGUUUGGAUUUUCCAAAAAUUUGGUCUGGGCUUUCCUCACAAGAUCAAUGCAAGGUCUGUCGAAUGGAAAUGUUGGGAUUAUCAGGACAGCGGUCGCGGAACUUGUUCCACAGAAGGAAUUACAGCCUCGAGCGUUUAGUAUAAUGCCCUUGGUUUGGAACAUCGGAAGUAUAUUCGGGCCCUCAUUCGGUGGCUCCCUCGUCCAUCCUGUCGACCGAUAUCCCGAGGUUUUUGGGAAAUUCAAAUUGCUCCAGGAAUAUCCUUUUGCCCUGCCGAAUCUGCUCAUCAGCAUCCUUUUCCUAUGUGGCAUCUCUGCCGGCACCCUCUUUCUGCACGAAACCCUGGAGGAGAAGAAAAAUCGCCGAGACUAUGGGCUCCUGGUGGGCCAAAUCCUCACCAGCCCUUGUUCGCGCAGCACACGCUCACGCGCCAGGUCGUGGUCGAAUGCUGACGAGACAGACCCGUUCCUUUCCGGAACAUCUAGCGAAAUGUCGACGCCAGCCUCAACUCCCGUCAUCAAGCUAUCCAAGAAGGACCCAGGCUGGAAAGAGGUAUUUUCCCGACAGUCCAACAUCAACCUCGUCGUUUACACGUUCCUGGCCAUGCAUUCGGUGGCCUACGACCAACUUCUACCGAUUUUCAUGCAUUAUCCGGUGCAAUCUCUCCGAGAUCCUCACGUCCACCUGCCAUUUAAAUUCGCCGGUGGGUUUGGAAUCGAUUCGAACAGGAUCGGCUUACUUUUCACCGUCUACGGCAUUUUUGGCAUGCUCAUCCAGUUUUUCGUUUUCCCGACCUUUGCGCGGAAGUAUGGCGUUUUGAAUUGUCUCAAGGCCUGUGUUUUGACUUUCCCCCUGGUUUACAUUGCGACGCCUUUUACGGCGUUGUUACCGUCGGAUUCAAGCAGGCAAGGAGUGGUGAUGGUCUUGAUGUUGGUGAAAGGGUUUUGUGGCAUUUUUGCAUUCCCAUGCUCGACUAUACUUCUCACGAACAGUGCGGCGAGCCUCAAAAUCUUGGGAACCUUGAACGGCGUCGCGACGAGUAUCUCCGCUCUAGGUAGAGCUGCGGGGCCGGCUUUGGCUGGCGCCACAUUUACCGGCGGCGUGGAAGCUGGCUACGUUGUGAUUUCCUGGUGGACUUUGGCUCUGGUCGCUCUCAUUGGCGCCGUGCCAGUGUGGUCUUUGAUCGAGAUGGAGGGUUUUGGAGGUGACCAGGAUGAUGACGACGAGGAAAACGAGGACGAUGAGGACGGUAACGCAAAAGUGUCGGCCACUGGUCCCACGGCGGCUCAAUCGAGGAAACAUUCCGCACCUGAACCGGUCGAGGACGUCUUCAUGGACGAUGACACUCUGCCCGACACCGACUACUUGACUCCAACCGUAUCGAGAACUCCUUCUCGUCGUCACAGUGUUCAUCUUCAGCGCGUUGCGAGUCCCAUUGGAUUCGGUCCAGGCGUCGUUCCUCUCGGAGCUAGAAGAUACAGCAGUGACCUGGGGGCCACCCGGAGUGGUCUGGGUGUUGGAGGCACGAGUUACUAUUGA